AUGUGUGGCAGCAGAAAGGUACGGUCCGGUGCAGAAGCAGAGACAACAGCAGUUGUAGGAGGUGACGACCGGUGUAGGUCGUGGGGCAUGAACACCUCCCUAAACGCAUCAGUAUGGCCGCCAUUAGGCGAGGCUCAAACCGAUGCCCCAUCGCCAAUGAGCACAUAUUCAAUUACACAAACAGUUAUUAUUGGAACAUUUGCGGCUUUUCUCAGUAUUAUUACAGUGGUUGGAAACAUUAUGGUCAUGAUUUCGUUUAAGAUUGACAAACAACUACAAACAAUCAGUAAUUAUUUCUUAUUCUCAUUGGCGGUUGCUGAUUUUGCAAUAGGAUUAAUUUCCAUGCCAUUAUUCACAGUGAGCAUAUUAUUGGGCUAUUGGCCAUUGGGUCCACUUAUAUGUGAUACAUGGCUCGCACUUGAUUAUUUAGCUAGUAAUGCUUCUGUUUUAAAUUUACUCAUUAUAAGUUUUGAUCGAUAUUUUAGUGUGACAAGGCCUCUAACGUAUCGAGUAAAAAGAACAACAAAUCGUGCAGCAUUUAUGAUCGGUAUGGCAUGGGGUAUUAGUUUAUUACUUUGGCCGCCUUGGAUAUACAGUUGGCCGUAUAUCGAAGGAGAACGUACUGUGCCCGAUAAUCAAUGUUAUAUACAAUUUAUAGAAACGAAUCAUUAUAUUACUUUUGGUACAGCAAUAGCAGCAUUUUAUGUGCCAGUUACAAUUAUGUGUGGUUUAUAUUGGAGAAUAUGGAGGGAAACAGAGAAACGACAAAAAGAUUUACCAAACUUGCAAGCUGGUAAAAAAGAUUCAUCGAAACGAAGUAAUUCUAGAGUAUUAUCUUUUAGUGAUGAAGCCAAUAAUACCUGUACAACGUUACAUCAUGAAUUGGGUGACGAUUGGCGUAGACCAUCAUGUACAGAUGGUAGUUUGGGACGUGGAUCUCAUGGUGGUCGAAGUUAUGGCCGUGGUGGUGGUCCACUUGGUGUAAAUGGUGUACGUAGAUGGUGUGUUCAAUGGUGGCAUUCUGGUCGUGAGGAUACGAGUGAUACAGAAGAUACACCUAGUGAAUUUAUGGCUCAAGGUGCAACAACACCAGUUAGUGUAGAAACACCGUUACAAAGUAGUGUUUCACGGUGUAUCAGUCUCAAUGUUAUCAGGGACCCAUAUAUAUCAUCAAGUUAUGGACAAAUGACACCAACACGACAUAUAGGAUCUAGUGGUUGCGGAGGUGUAAAUACAAAUAUAACAAGUGGUAAUUGUUUAGAAGCACGUGAUUCACGAAGUUUACCGCCUCAAACACGUUUGCGUACGGCAAUAAGUACAGAGAGUGUUUAUACAAUAUUAAUACGGUUACCAAAUGAACCAACAUCAGAUGGUACCACGACGGGCGGUACUGGGGGUACUGAAGUGACGGAUUUACAGCCAAGUAUAAAAAUGAUACCAGAAAGUGGUGUUAAUACAAUACAUCGUCGAAAUGAUCCAACUGAUUUUUGCUUAACGAAUCAUUUAAAUCGAAGACCAUCACAAAUGCCAGAUAUACGUAUACCGUUAAAUGCAAAAAUUAUUCCAAAACAAUUAGCAGAAAAAUCAUUAUUAGCACAAGGUGGUAAACACGUUGUAAAAAAGAAGAAGAAAUCUCAAGAAAAGAAAGCGGAUAAAAAAGCAGCAAAAACAUUAUCAGCUAUAUUAUUAACAUUCAUAAUAACAUGGACGCCAUACAACAUAUUAGUAUUGAUAAAACCAUUAACAGCGUGUGCCAGUUGUAUACCACAACAAUUAUGGGAUUUCUUUUAUUAUUUAUGUUACAUAAAUAGCACAAUAAAUCCGAUGUGUUAUGCAUUAUGUAAUGCAUCAUUUCGUCGAACAUAUUUACGUAUAUUACAAUGUAAAUGGCAUACUAGAAAUCGUACAGCAAUGAAUCGUGGACAUUAUGGCUAA